CAUUAUGCAACCCAGCAGCCUCCCUCCCUGGCAGCAGGGCCAGGAGCCCUUCCCGGGGAAGCCUUGGCUGCAGAGGCUGGAGCAGCAGCAGCAGCAGCAGCGCCAUGAGCAGCCCAGGCCAGGAGGACCUCAACCAGCUUCCAGACGAGGCGCCCCUGGUCAGGGCAGCAGUGGCAGCCUUGAGGCGCAGGGCCCAGGAGGAAGAGGAGGGCUUCCAGGCUCUGCCCUUCCUCCUGGACGAGGCCCACCUGCUCCCCUUCUUGAGAGCCAGGGACUUCGACGGCGAGCUGGCCUGGAAGCUAUUAAAAAACUAUCACAAGUGGAGAACUGAAUGCCCAGAAAUAAGUGCAGAUUUACAGCCUUACUCAGUUCUUGGCCUGUUGCAUAGUGGUUACCAUGGAGUUUUGAAAGAGAGAGACCCAACUGGCAGCAAAGUGCUCAUUUAUAGAAUUGCACAAUGGGAUCCAAAGACGUUUACAGCAUUUGAUGUGUUUCGUGUAAGCCUUAUCACAUCUGAGCUUAUUGUAAGGGAGCUAGAGACACAGCGGAAUGGAGUCAAGGUUAUCUUUGAUCUCCAAGGAUGGAGAUUUGCUCAUGCCUUUCAGAUCUCUCCAACAGUGGCCAAAAAAAUAGCUGCCAUCCUCACAGAUUCCUUCCCACUAAAAGUUCGAGGUAUCCACUUGAUUAACGAGCCUUUGUUCUUCCAUCCUGUCUUUGCCAUAAUUAAGCCCUUUCUCUCUGAAAAAAUCAAGGCGCGGAUCCACAUGCAUGGCUGUAACUAUUCACAGAGUCUCCAGCAGCAUUUUCCAGCCAACAUCCUUCCAGAAGAAUACUGUGGUGAGGCAAUCUCUAUUGAAGAGCUUUCCAAAGAAUGGACUGACUUUAUAAUGGGAUCUGCGAGUUAUCUUCAGAGUAUUUCUCUGCUUGAGUAGUACAUUAAAAAGGUAGAAAUGUUUUGUGGGAGGACUAUCAUAAUUUAAUUACUAGCCAGAGGGAGAGGGACCAGGGAGUGAGAGAGGAGAAAUUAAAUUAAUCCCAAUGGAUCACUGAAUUCAAGCUUUUGAGCUGAUUCAUAUGUGCUUUGGCUGAGCCACUUCACAACCUGUUGAACAACAACUACAGGCACAGACUCGACUUAGAUAAUUUGAAAUAUCCUUAUUUCAUAAUAAAGCUACUGGAAAAAAUGAGGAAGAAUAUAAAUAAAUUUACAUUUAGCUCUAAAGGGAUAUCUGCUUCCCAGAAGGUAGUAUGCAACUUUGUACAGACAAAGUGCCUUGCUAUCAGACUGGAGGACUAAAAAGCCUAAGAACAUCCUGUGUGGGGUCCAGAGCUUGGAAGAGAUAUUUUUGUGAACCACUGACCAUACUAACUGGAAGUUGUAAUCCAAAAAGGUGCACAUUUUCCAAGGAGGCCCAGUACACAACUCUUCCAGUGACAAAAUUAGAUGUCUUUUUCUUGCCUUAAUAUCUUGUUCUCUGAAGUUUGGUGCCUUUAAAUCUGAAAGCUUUAUUUAUCUCUCAUGUCUAAUAGAGAGGGCUAGACCAAUGGUGAUGUUGUCUAAACUUCUUUAAAAAGCAGUUGAAACAAGACACUUUCUCUACUUCUUGUGCUAAUUAAUUCCAUAUGUUAAAUAUAUAUUGUGUAAAUUGUUUCUUCUGUUUGGUAUAAAUUUGCUGUCUGUGAAGGAUGCUGCAUUUGGGAUAUUGAAAUGGGAUUAGAUGUCUAUCAGUGAUGUUGCAUUUGGGAUACUAGAGGGGGAUUAAACAGGGAAAGGUAAACCUGGGAGCCAGUUUUCUGCUUCUACAGUGAUCUACAAUGGGCCACACAUUAAAAUAAACUAAAUAAGCAAGCAUUUUUGGUUUUCAAACAUGGGUUUAACAUUAAACAGUGCAGAGGAGCUGCAACCUAUUUAAAGAAUGAAUUAGCCUCCUUUCAGGAUUCACACUUUUUGAGGGGACAGUUCACGGACCAUGGAAGGAUUGAGGACCACAAAAGUAGCUUAGGCAAGCAGUAUUUUGUGCACCCCUGCCCUACAAUAAAAUCUAGUGACUAAGGCAUCAUAUAUAGUAAGUUUCAACUUAUUCACAUUCACUCAGAAGCAACCCUGUGUUCAAUGGAACUUUUUCUUAGCUUACAAUGUAUGUAUGCCCCUGUGUUCUCACUUACUGAGACCUACUCCUAGACAAGUGAAUAUAUAGGACUGCAGUUUUAGUUGUUACUCCUAGACAAGUGAAUAUAUAGGACUGCAGUUUUAGUUGUUAUUUUAUGGUACAAACUGUCAAGGAGUUAGCAAGUAACUAAACAACAUGCCCUUGGAAGCUAUUAGGACAGUAAAUAUACUUAACACAUGCUAGUGAUUGUCUUAUGGCUUCUAACUGUACCUGAAAGAUUACCCAUGUUUGAAAUGUUCCUCAGCAUUAAAUCCAAUUGCUGGUCCAAAACUGGGGUAGAUGCAUUGAAUCACUUGUUGAAUAGUUAGUUUAUAUGUAUGUAAACACCAUUAUUCCCAUGGAUCUUUCCUUGCUGAGACUAGCAAUUGGAUUUAUGCCCUGAUUUAAGUUAGCCUGCUUCGUUCAGGUGGGAUAAAUGGUAAGAGUAGUACUGUAGUACAAUUAUUAUAUUAGCUGUUUACACUGGAAAGCUGACACUGGCCUAAAAGGGGGAAUACUGUGAACAUACACACAGAGAAAGGGUGUGUGUAUAAAAAAAAAUAUCCUUUUAAAAAUGAUGCUUUCUUCAAACAGGUAGUAUCCAGUAAUUCUGCUGGCAAAUUACUGAGAUCCAGUAGAGCCAGGUGGAGGUGAUCCUCUUUUCCACUGCAGCCCUCUUGUGGAUCCCCAUAUGAGGGCCCCUUUGGAGGCAGUUUUUGGGUGGCUUGGAGGGCUGAAAGAAGGUGGGGUAUUUCUAUUGCAACUGCCAGCCUUUAAUUCAUAGUUAUGAGACUUGCUGCAUUUUAACCUAACCCUGGCUAAUCCAGCAUUCCCUAGCCUGGUAUCCUCCUGUAUUGCCAAAUGUCAGGACAGUGGAAGUUCUGGUUCAAAAUGGCAAGAGUGCACUAGGCUGAGCAACAGUCACCUAACAAUUUAAGUUGAGGCAAACUAAUACACACACUGUUGAAACAUCUCAAAGCACAUUAUGAUGAUGUUUCAGUGGUGUUAUUGUGGUGCCACUGGCAGAUACUUCCACUGAAGGUGAAUCCACCUCCUCAGGCAGUCCAUUCUACAGCUGAAUUGGUUUUACUGUGAGCAAGUUCUUCCUAGUUUUGUUGGAUGUUUUGUUUUUUAAACCACAAGCACUUUAACAUAAUGUCAACAAAUAAUAAUCUGUGUCUCUCCGCUAAAAGUAGUAGAAUCGGCAGCUAUUUUAUAAUUAACACUGUGAUAUCAAAUUAACAAUUUGUAAGCCACUCUGGGAAUCUUUUUUUCUUUUCUUUUUUGCUGAAGAGCAGGAUAUAACUUAUCUAAAUAAACAAAACUUUAUAUACACACACACUCACACACUUUUAAUUAUCUUCUCUGCUCUUUUAUGUUCAGUAAGCAAACACACAGUGAAUAUCUUUCGAGUUUGUCAUUCACUUGAAUUUUAUAACUGGAUAGUGAGCUUUUUUAAGAAUAAAAAUUAAGCACAAAAAAUUUAAACUGUGCAUAUAAUUUUGUACUUGACAUUUUCUCUCUUCACCCAGAAUACAUGUAUUUUCAAGCUACUUUCUACCCAUGGAAAAUUCCUGAGAGAUUUCUAGUUUGUUUUAGGAAAAAAUAAGACUUGUAUUUGUUCAGUUCUGUAUUACUCUGUACUCAGCAUACAAUUGUGGGCAACUUAACAUCUUCCUUUUGGAAAUUUUCUUUUCAAUCAUUUCCUUAGUGUGCCGGUGGGCCUUUCAUUUUACAUAACCUACACAAACUGUAGCUGUUUCUAGAUAGUGGGAAAUUCACAGCCAUGACUGCUGUGUCACUUUGACAACUGGAAAAAAAAUUUAAAUGUGAAAGUUAUUUAUUGACUCAACCAUUAAUGGGAAAUAUAUAUAGAAAUUUGAGAUACUCUGGAUACAUAAUACGGAAAGUAACAUGGCAUCAGCAGGACAGAAGAAAACAUUUAACUUCAAAGCAAAAAAGAAAUUGCAAUAAUAUGUUGCGUCUUUGUGAUUGUACUUAUAUACUUUCUUAAAAAGCGAUGAAAUCAUAUAGAGAGACAUCUAAUUUUAUGUAAUUUUAUAAUUUUGUAUACUUUAUAGAAAAUAAAUUAAUUUUUUCCCAAAUGA